UCGGAAAACGGAUGCUACAAGACAUUUUUCAGGGGCCACACACGUUUUUUGAGAAGUCGCCGAUGGUGCUCGGAAAAGCUUGGAAGAAAAAACACGCUUAGGCAGACCGCCGUGGCUUUGGGGGGUGGGGAAAGCGUAUCUCCCCCGCCCCGCACAGGCUUCUUCCCCUGCUCGUUCGGGCUUUACCUGCAGCUUCCGCUCCCUUCCAAGGUUUCUCUCACCCUGCAGGAGGGGGAAGCGCAGAAGCGUCCAGCGGUAGCUAACUAAGGAAGUAGUAGGAGAAGUAGGAGAGGGUCCGAGAGGGAAACGGCGGGCCGAUCGCAGGUGCCAAAGCCCUCCAGCUCGCCGCGGCUUGCCCGACCUCCUCGCCCCCAAUGGCUUCUCCCGCCAUCGCUCUGCCCGAAGCAGAUCAAGCCACUAAAGAACCAGUAGAAGACACUGACCCUAGCACUUUAUCCUCGGAAAAUAUAGAAAAGUAUCCUGUCCAAGAUACAGCGUUACCCAAAGAUGAAGAAUACCAAACAGAAAAAGUGACUUUGGAAAUUUCAUCCAUUAACAUUACAAGCCUAACAUCAGAUUCUGGCUUGAUACACCAGCCAGAAGAAGACGAUGACACUCAAAGUAGUGCUGGUGAUUCACCUACAGCUUUGAAGAAGUCAUGUGCAGAAAAUGGCACUUGCUCUUUGUGUACAUCUCACCAGCCAACCAUCGGUGACCUACUAAAUGAUGAAGACUUGCUGUAUACGAUGAGGAUCAAAUUGGAUCCAUCCCACCCGACAGUGAAAAACUGGAGAAACUUUGCAAGCAAAUGGGGAAUGACUUAUGAUGAGUUGUGCUUUCUGGAACAGAAACAACAGAGUCCCACCUUGGAAUUUUUGUUACGGAACAGUGACAGAACUGUGGAGCAGCUGAUUGAUCUCUGUAAAUUAUAUCAAAGAGUUGAUAUUGAAAAAAUACUGCAGAAGUGGGUGGAGAAGGAAUGGCCAAAAAGAGGCCAUGGGACCUAUCAGAAAAACAUAUAAAGGAGAAAAAUGACAGUGUGGAAAACCAAGAAUGGGGUUUGAUUGACUUUGCUUCUGGUAUGCAUAGAUCUUUUUUUUUUCUAGAGAAAGGACAACAUAUCUUACUUAUUUUUACAGCAUAAACUGUAUUUAACCUUUGUAGUGAUAAGGAUGACCUUUAAUUAUGAAUCAAGUCAAUGUCUUUCACAGAUGUCGAAGUCUACAGUACUCAGACUUUUGAAGCAAUAAGAGAAACAAUGAAAAUUAUCAGCAUGCUCUAUAGGAUAGCUGCAUAAUCACCUUUGUUCAUGAACAAACCAGCAGAAGAUACUGCAAAUCAGAACUGGGAUAGUCUCAUAUGACUUCAUCUGGAAGGGAGAACUUUUAUACCUAAAGAUAUAUAUGAACAGUACAGAAAUAAGCCAUGUUUUCAAUCAUACACUAUAAAAAUAUAGCAUCAGAUGUUGGCAUUGUGCUUCAGUCAAAGAACAUGUAAUUGGCAACAAUUCCUUUUGCACCAAAUUGAUCUUAAAGCUCAAAUUUAAGAAAAAAUAAAAUCUCACAACUCUGAAA